GGGGUAGUCUAGACACUCUUCCCUCUCUCAGUCUGCAGCGGGGUGCCCAAAUCACUCCGAAGAACUGGCGGGGUUUAAACGUUCGACGGAGGCUCCGCAGGUGGGCGCGCUCUGCUCCAGAGGCUGCCUUGCCGCGGGGUGCACCCCAGAGUCCCCGUGGUGCAGGCCGGAGCGCGCGCUCCCUCGGGGCUGGGGUCCUCAGACAGCGCAGAACUCUGAGGGCUUUGCAGCCAGGGUCUGAUCCCGGAGGCCCCGAGAUGCCUGAUCCUGGGAAAUCACGGAAAGACUUCACGAGAUGGAAGAAGAAGAAGCAAGCCGUGCACCGCACGGUCAGCCAGAUCUGCCCACCGCCCCGUCGGCCGCUGACGGUGGUCGACAUCCGCCCGGGCAUGGAGAACGAAAGGCUGGGUGCCGUGCGUGACUCCAUGUUUCAGAACCCACUCAUCGUCAAGGCAGAGCUUGGCAAGCCCAGGGAGAGAAGCUGCAGCCUGCCUGGUGUCAACUUUAAUUAUGGACUCUACAUCCGAGGGCUGGAUGGAGGGGUCCCUGAAGCCAUUGGGCACUGGAAUGUGUUUAAGCAGCAACCUACCUGCCCCCAUGAGCUGACCCGGAACUAUAUUGCCAUGAACCGAGGGGCUGUCAAAGCCGGCCUAGUGACUGCCCGAGAAAACAUGCUCUAUCGUGAACUGAAUGACAUCCGAAUCAAUGACCAGGAAGACCGUCGACAGAAGGAGCCACCCUCCAUCCCUCCCAAUAUGACCUUUGGGAUCCGUUCACGGGCGUCCACACCGUUCUUUGACCUGUUACAACAUCGGUACCAGCAGCUGUGGGUACAGGAACAGAAGGCCACUCAGCAAGCCAUCAAAAUGGAGAAGAAACAGAAGGUGAUCCUGGGGAAGCUGUAUGAGACGAGGAGCAGUCAGCUGAGGAAGUACAAGCCUCCUGUGAAGCUGGAUGCUCUCUGGCACAUGCCUCACUUCAAGAAGGUGGCUCCCCACCUUGCUACGUUCCCUACUGAGGCUGAUCGCCAGAGAGCUCUCAAAGCCCACAAGGAAGAGUAUGCUGUGCGCCAGGGCACCCUGCGGAUGGGCAACUACACCCACCCCUAGCCCUCCCCACAGGAGGAGCCUCCAUGAUGUGCUAGAAAAAACCACAAGGAACUCAGUUUUGUCUCUCCCCACCACCCCUAACUCCAGAAAGACAGUCUUACAUUUUGAUACAGCCCUGCCACGGGGACCUACUAAUUUUCUUUAUAAGAACCCCAACCUCCCUCACCCUUUUGUUACAUACCAGUCUUGUCUUUCCCCCAGUUUCCCUCUGCCUAGAAACCAUCCUCCUCCUCAAAAUUCUCUCCCUCCUCUUCCUCUUCUCCUUCCCUCUCCUCCUUCCUCCCUUCUUCCUUUUCUCUUUCCAUGUUCACCCCUCCUCCUUUUCCAGGAGAUCCACUCUGCCUCUUUGCAAGUUUUACUUUACAUGAUAAACCAAAAAUACAAGGCAGUUCUUAGAAAAAAAAAAAAAGCCAGGCUAAGAGUCAAUUUCACAGCCCUGCCUAUGCCUGUGUUUCCUGCAGAAAGUAUAGCACCAGCAGGCUUUGAAAGCACUCAUUUCUUAUUCCAAACAUGAGUUUUAAUUGCCCUUCUGGGGAUGACUGAGGUCUCGACACGGCAGGAUUCGCUCUCUGGGACCCUUGACAGCAGGAAGAACCCACGGUUCAUUACUCAGGGCCAGGCCCUGCCCUCAGUGCUGUGGCCUUGUCAAUCAGACAGAUCAGCAUGGGCUUCUUAAGUCUACCUGGAUGUGGCUCAUCCUCCGAAGGAGACUGCCUCCUGUGUCCAGCUGUGGGGUAUCCCUGUAGUACCUUGAAUCACACCUUUCUCCCGUGUCUGUGGCUUCUCUCCACAAAUUACAAAAGGAUUUAUUUUAAAUAUAAAAUGAUGACUUGCCCUCUC